UAGACAGCAGAGAAUCAAAUACAUCGUCCAGGAGCAAGCAUAGAAGCAAGUCCAAUGGUGGUGGGAUCCAGUCGAAGCUAACUGUCGAUGAUUCACUCACAAGAUAUCGCAGCGCCUGGAUUGCAACGUACACAAUCAUUUGGUCUGGAUUAAAACAUAUACAGUUAUCUGCAUGGUCGGGGGACAAGAUUUCGCAGUAUGGUCCGGGAAACCAGACACUUAUGGGUGGGGAAUUUACCAGAAAAUGUACGAGAGGAGAAGAUUAUUGAACACUUCAAACGAUAUGGACGUGUGGAGAGUGUCAAGGUCCUGCCGAAGCGUGGGUCAGAGGGAGGAGUUGCUGCUUUUGUGGAUUUUGUGGACAUUAAGAGUGCUCAGAAGGCACACAACUCCAUCAACAAGAUGGGGGACAGAGACCUGCGCACAGAUUACAAUGAACCAGGAACAAUCCCCAGCGCAGCCCGUGGACUGGAUGAUAGCCUGUCCAUAGGCUCUCGUGGGCGGGAUGUAUCAGGGUUCACGAGGGGGGCGGGGGGCCCUGUGUACGGGCCUCCUGCAUCACUCCACAGCAGAGAUGGACGCUAUGAACGCAGACUAGACGGGGCUGCCGAGGUUCGAGAGCGCGCGUACGAUCACAGUGCCUACGGACACCAUGAGCGCGGAGGAGGCAGCGGGAGUAGCAGCAGCAGCAGCAGCAGUUUUGAGCGUCAGCGGCACUACGAUACAGACUAUUAUCGGGACCCACGGGACCGCGCCCUCAGCACCGGUGGGGGUGGCUCUGCCUCAACCAGUGGCAGCAGUGGAGGUAGUGCGGGGGCAGGUAAUGUGGGGGUGGUCGGCGUGGCUGGAGGUAGCAGCAGUAGUGGCAGCAGUAGCGCUGCCGGAGCUGGAGUGGUUGUGGUUGGCGGGGCGUCGGCGUCGGCGGUCACGGCAGGCUACUACGGCUCUCGCAGCCGCAGCCCCAGUCGCUUUGACGCGGCAGAGACUCGCUAUGAGGCGCGGGGCGCCCGCGAGCCCUUCACCUUGGCCAGCGUGGUACACCGGGACCUUUACCGUGAGGAGCGGGGCAGGCGGACAGAGCGGUCGUACCACCACAGCCGCAGCCGCUCACCGCACUCUUCUUCACAGUCACACAACCCCUCGCCACAGAGGCUCUCCAGUCAGGCGUCACGAGCCCCGCGCUCCCCCAGCGGGUCGGGAUCCCACAGCCGCUCUUCCAGCUCCGACUCUGUCAGCAGUACCAGCAGCAGCAGCAGCGGCAGUGAGUCCAGCAGUAGCUCUAGCGAUGAGUCCCCAGCACGGUCUGUGCAAUCAGCUGCAGUUCCUGCUCCCUCUGCACCGUCACUGCCCUGCCUUGACAAGGAUGAGCCUCGGAAAAGCUUUGGCAUAAAGGUCCAAAAUCUUCCUGUUCGUUCAACGGAUACAAGUUUGAAGGAUGGUCUAUUCCAUGAGUUCAAAAAGCAUGGGAAAGUCACUUCAGUGCAAAUCCAUGGGGCAUCAGAGGAGCGCUAUGGGCUUGUGUUCUUUCGCCAGCAGGAAGAUCAAGAGAAGGCUCUCACUGCAUCUAAAGGGAAGCUGUUUUUUGGCAUGCAAAUUGAAGUCACCCUCUGGAAUGGUCCUGAGACUGAGAGCGAGAAUGAGUUCAGGCCUCUAGAUGAACGAAUAGAUGAAUUUCACCCAAAAGCUACAAGGACAUUGUUCAUCGGCAACUUGGAGAAGACAACCAGUUACCACGAUCUACUCACCAUCUUCCAGCGAUUUGGAGAGAUAGUGGACAUUGAUAUCAAGAAAGUCAAUGGUGCACCUCAGUAUGCUUUUCUGCAGUAUUGUGAUAUUGCCAGUGUCUGUAAAGCCAUAAAAAAGAUGGACGGUGAAUAUCUUGGCAAUAACAGAUUAAAGUUGGGUUUUGGGAAAAGCAUGCCUACAACAUGUGUAUGGUUGGAUGGCCUAGCAUCCAGCAUCACAGAGCAGUACCUCACACGCCACUUUUGUAGAUAUGGACAUGUAGUGAAGGUUGUGUUUGAUAGAUUAAAAGGGAUGGCUCUCAUCCUUUACAACAACAUUGAAUGUGCGCAGGCCGCUGUCAAAGAAACCAAGGGGUGGAAGAUUGGGGGCAAUAAAAUUAAGGUGGAUUUUGCCAAUCAGGAAAGUCAAAUGGCUUUCUACCGUUCAAUGCAAGCCUCUGGGCAGGACAUUCGAGACUUUUAUGACGUUGUACCUGAAAGACGAGAUGAGCGCAGGCCGCCAUAUCAUGAGUUCUCUGCUGAGCGGGCAUACUAUGAAAAUGUGCGAACACCUGGCAGCACCUACACCGAUGAUCCUCGACGGAAAUACGCAGCUCGAGGCCGGGAGUUCUACCCAGAGUGGGAUCCCUACCAGACGGACUUCUAUGAUGCACGCUACUAUGAGGACCCCCGCGAGUACAGAGAUUAUCGGGACCCCUAUGAGCAGGAUAUACGCAAAUACAACUAUUUACGAGAACGAGAGAGGGAGAGAGAACGUUUUGAGACGGACCGUGAGCGUGACCAUGGGCGUAGGACUAUGGAGCACAGCCAAAGCCCAUCUCUCCCUCGACGUCCAGCAAGCCCCACAGCUUCACCCUCACCCUCUGAUCGUUUACCAAGUGAUUCUGAACAUCCCAUAUAUAGUCGGUCAUCAGAGAGAAGUGGCAGCUGCAGUUCUCUUUCACCACCACGCUAUGAAAAGAGGCCGGAUCGGUACACUAAGACGGAGAAGGCCGACAAGGAGAAACCAUUGUUCGAAUCUGAGCGACUUGGUGCAGGAGAGAAGGAAAAGCGUUCUGUCAGAAAGGAAAAGUCUGACAAAGAUCGCAGUGAGAAACAAAAGUUAAGGAAGCUGAAAUUGGCCUCACCUAGUGUGCCAUCUUCAGAGACAGAUCCUGACCCAGAACCUGACAGGGAUGGCAGCCCAGAUGGUGGCCAAAAAGCUAAGGGCAAAGGAUUUCUUGGUAAAGAGAAAGAGAACAAAGGGCGUUUAGAUUUACCACCAUGUGUAGUGCAGCUUACACGGGUUAAAGAAAAGGAAGGCAAAGUUCUGGAUCUCUUCCCUCAUACAGUCACAGAAAAACAAAGACUGAAAGCUUCAACUGACUCUGUUAGGUCUCCCCCUCCACCUCUCUCUGCAGCAGAACAGAGGAGUUUCCCUCCCCGGAUGGAACUUCAAAAGGGAGAAAUUCUCAGGCAUGUAAAGGUACCAAAAGAGAAGGGCUUGACAAGUCAGGUUGAGUUGGUGGAUAAAGACGGGAAAAUUAAAGCUAAAAAAUACUUGAAGUCUGACCCAGCACUUGAGGGUACCAAUUCCUCUGUAGAUGUUGACCGUUUAGCUGCACGAAAGAAACGUUUUGAGGAGGCAUCUGGAAAAACUGAUAGGCUUAAGAGGAUCACUGAGGAGGAGGAGGAAGAGGGUAGACUUGGCUCGAAGAGGCCAGUUGAUGGUGCUCUGCCAAAAGAUGCAGACAGUGAUAAGAAACAGCUAGUUAAAGACAUCUAUAAGAGAGAGCAUCGAAAAACUAAAUUGGAAAGACUGGUAGCUGUUUGUAGUAGUCCUACAGACAGACAAGAGUCUGAGUGUGCAACACUUAGUGUGGACUCUGGCCUCAAUCUGCAGUCUUGUUGUGGAGAACCAAAUGAAGGGCCAACAGAUGCUGUAGAGUCAACAGAUGCCUUCUCUAGUCAGAAGCUGGGAAGUUUUGGUUUGAAAAAUCCCAUUCGUCCUAGUGAUGGAAGCCAUGAUCAAGAACAAUUUGGAGAAAAAGAACAUCUGCAUAUCAGCAACCAAGAUCACUUUGUUGAGAAAAGCAUUACAGUGCAUGAUGUCCAAAUAUCUAUGGACAUAGACCACUCCCAAAGCUGUAGAAAACAAAUGGAACAAAACCGCCGACUUCAAAAGCAGCUGCAAGAGCAUGACAAGUCAGAUAAAUCUGAAAGUCCUGUUUGCGUGGAUUCAGAUGAUUUGGAGCGGCGCAGUCUUGUUCAUGAAGUGGGAAAGCCACCACAGGAUGUCAGCCAUGAUUCUCCACCCAGCAAACGUAAAAAAUUAGAGACCCUUGACUUUGAAUUUAAUUCAAAACGAGAGUGUGACUACAGAAGCUCUAGAUCAGCUAGUGAAGAUUCUGACAAGAAUUCAAUCUCUGUUGCGCCAUCAAGACAGUUAGUAUAUAGUGAGGAAGAGGCUACUGUAGAUUCACCACUCAUGAUGUCCAAUAAAGACUCUAAAGAUAAAGAGGAUAAGGUCAGCAAUCGCUUAGAUGUCUUGAAAUACAGCUUGGACUCCUCCACUGGGAAAAUGCUUGCUACACAAACAGAGCAUUCCAAACUAAAGGCAGUUUCUCAAAGAGCUGAAGGAGAAAUGCGCUGGGAGAGCAGAAUAAAGCAGGACACACUGCGCAUGGACAUGUCUUUCCCAAGUAGCGUUGUUAAACGGGAUGGAAUCCGUAAACGACCUGUUCGUGAGCUAGAGCCAGGAGAGGUUCAGUCAGACUCAGAUGAUGAUGGUGACAAUAAACGUCUCUCACCCAAAUCGAAUGCCUCACUCUUGUGCUUGCAGAGGGAACGAGAAGACAGACAUUUGGAUAUCAAACUAUCUGGUUCACUUGAGAAAAAUAAAUUUUAUGAGUUUGCCCUGGAUAAGACUAUAACACCAGACACCAAGGCUCUUUUGGAACGAGCAAAGUCUCUCUCCUCCUCAAGAGAGGACAAUUGGUCAUUUCUAGGUCAUGAGUCACGGUUAACUACCCUGCGCAAUAGUUCAGACAAGGAGAGGGUUGAGCCAACACCACGACCUAUUCCCUCUUGGUAUAAAAGGAAGUUUAAACAAGACUCUGAAGGCAAAUUGGAUGAUAAAAAGGAGAUGCCCAAAACUGAGAACUAUGAACGUCAAGAGCUUUUUGUUUCUCGCUUUCUUCACAGCUCCAUUUUUGAACAAGAUUCACGUCGUUUGCAACAUCUUGAACGCAAAGAUCAGGAUCCUGAAUAUGGUGCAGGUAGACUUGUGAGCCAAUUGAGUGGCACUGAGGGACAUGUUGGGACUGGAGGUGAGGACCGUACACAAGAGCCAACUGUACUUUUUCACAGUCGUUUUUUAGAGUUACAGCAACAGAAGGGCAGAGAUCACCAGCCCCACGAAGAGAGAACUAAUGUGCCCGAUGGAGAUGAGGAUGACAAGCCAAAAGAAGGGAACCAGGAGCAAUGUCCCAAAGUGGAUGAGACUACACAAGACAUUAAGCCAAUAAGUCCUGUUUCAGCUCAGUCAGUAUCAGUACCUGUCCCAUCUAAGGAGUCAUCUCAACUAGAUGAUAACCUGCAGGAUAAACCAGAUGUGUUGUUUUCCACAACAAAGUUGGCAGUCCCUCAGGUAAAGGUUGAGGAUAUGAUGGACACCACUGAAAUGUCCCCUCUUCAGUCUAAGCAAAUCGAAAAGUAUCAAGUUCCUCCAACUGUUGGUGUUUCUCCAGCUGAUCCUAUAUGCAAAGAGGAGGCAAAAGAUGAACCUAAACAGGAACCUCUUGAGACUAAAGUAACUCCUGUAAGUACUCUGACUGUGGAACCUUCCACCUACACUGAUGUUAAGCCUCCCACUCCUGGUGCCUCGCUAAGUGUUUUAGAAACAGAAACAGCUGAGGACCUACAGUCUCCAAAGUUAUCACCCAAACCUGUCACAAUUCAAGAAGCCCUCAAGGAGGAAGAGGAACCUCAGCCUGAAAAAACACUGCCCUUAGACAGCCAUUCACCCAAGAAUGUAGAUGUGCCUCUUGAAAUGGCAUCGUCCACAUCAGAUGCUGAAGCAGAAACAGCUCCUCCACGGAAACAACUUAAGAGCAAGAAAUCUAAGCUCACACCAGCAGCACCUCCAACUCCUCCACACAGUCAGCCAGCAGGAAAUGAGAAGCCAGUAACUCGCAAAAGUGAGCGAAUUGACAGGGAAAAGAUGAAAAGAGCAUCAUCUCCGAGAGGAAAGUCACCAGUCCACUCAACGGAUACCGAGCAAGGGCCUGAGUCCGAUAGAGUCAUAGGCAGACGCCGGCGCAAUGUGCGCUCUGUUUAUGCUAAACCAGCUGGAGAUGAGGUUGUGCAACAAUCAGGAAAAGAUGUGGUUGAACCUCCCCGCCCUACACGAAAACGGGGUGCUGACAAAGACCCGGUUCAGCCAGAUUCUACUCCCACUCCUACUGGCAAAAGAGGUCGCCCCAAGACCCGUAAAGGGGGAAGAGUUGAAGAUGUGUCACCCGUUAAGGGAGACCAGCCUAAAAUGUCUGAGGGAGAAGACAGCGACAACAAACAGUCUAGUGGCAGUGACAUUUCUAAGGUUUCAGAGGGUUGGCGGUCUCCCAGGACUCAGAAAACACAGUCUUCACCCACUACAAGUACACAAAGUAAAAAAACAGGCAAAGUUGAAAAACAGUCUGAGAAAAUGGAUAUCCUGUUUGAUAAGUCAGAAACUGAUGGAAUUGUAGCCUCCGAAUCUCAAAUUAAAUCAGUUGAAGAGCCACAAGAAUUGGCAAAGUUAUCAGAGGAUGCCAAACAACAAACUAAAUCCCAGAAAACGGAUAAAGGGAAAGAAUUUACAGAAACUGCUGAAAAGAAAUCUGAAGAGAAUGAGGAAGAGAAGCUAGAUGCCUCUAUUGAGAAACAGAAAGUAGCUGAAAAAGGUUGUAAGACUAAACCACCAAGAUUGACUCGUGGCUCUAAAACAGGAAGUGAGGACAAGUCACUUAGUCUGAAAAAUCUUGUAAUUCAUUUAAGUGUGGAUGAUGUAAUAGGUGUCCUCCGCUCAGGGGAAGAUGAGCCUGAACCAUUUCAAGAUUCUGUAAAGAAAGCAAAACCUGAAAUGUCUCCAAAAGAAGAUACUACAACUAGUUAUCUUAAGGAUGUGGAUGACCUCAGCCCAGAUGAAAAAGAGGACACUGAAUCUGAACCCCCAAUCGACCCUGCUGCAGCUCUCCUGGCUCGUCAAAUGGAGCUUGAAAGGGCAGUUGAGAAUAUCUCUAAGUUUACUGUAGAACAGCCUCUCCCAUCCCCAUACAAAGAACCACCUGCUGAGCCCCCAGUCCUCUUACCACCAGUUCCAGUUGAACCACAAGAUGAGGUGGAAGAAGAGAAACCAGCUAAUCCUGCCAGUGAAACAGAACUUGCUGCAGCAAUCGACUCAAUUACGGCCGAGGAUAUCUCUGCAGAUGCAGAUGCAUUCACUGCAACCCCAUCCUACCCUCUCCAGCUCCCCACACCAGAUCCAGUAGUUUUACCCAUAUCCAAUGAAGUAAUGGAACCUGAGACUCAAAUGGCUUUCAGUAAUGUCAUGAACACAGAUUCAGAAAUUGGUAUCGUCACAGAGCCUAAGCCAUCUGAAGUAAUCAACACCAAAACCACAACCCAAGAAGAAUCUCCGGUUGUAGGAACACAAAAGAAAACAGGAAAAGCCAGACCGAAAACCCCGAAGAAGGCUAGAGGUCGAAAGACUACUGCAAGUAAGAAAGGAGAGAUGGAAGAGCCUGUUUUGGAAGCAGAGCCAACAACAGUAAAGCUACCAGAUUCAAUUCCUGAAGACAUGAAAGCUGUUAAUCCAAAGGCAGUUACUACAGCAGCAGCAGCGACGGCAGCUGUAGUCACUGCAGCAGCUGCCUGUAAACAUGAUGUUACCUCAGCAGUAACUCUUGACACGCCAAAAGAGGCCGAGCAACCUGCUGUAGAGCAACCUGAACCACAAGAAUCAGCUUUUCAUUCAGGCAGUAGCAGUCCUGUACAUUUUAAAUCACAACCACCACCUACUGACCCCAUUGCCCCAGCUCUCACCCCUUCUCCAACCCGAUUGAAUGUACCACCUGUACGCCCAGGAAAACUGGCAAUCUCAUCUCCAACUUGGCUGAACAGAUCUGAAGAGACAUCUCCCUUAUCUACACCUGCUCCACAAGUAGUGGUAACACCACCCACAGCACCUAUUCCAAGUAUUGGAAGUGUAUCAGGGAAUCCACCCUUACCCCCUGAUACUAAGGCAUCUGAUAUUGAUCCCAACUCUAGCACUUUACGUAAGAUCCUGAUGGAGCCAAAAUACGUAACUUCAAACAGUACCUCUGUUUCUAGCAUGGUUCUCACAACUACAUUAGUGGAGCCCCGUGUGUCUGAGAAUGAGAAUUCCUCUGACCCUUUAUCAGCGAAAUCCUCUAUUCCCGAAGAUAGGCCCUUGCCUCACACACCACAUGCCAUGCUCCCGCACCCAGCCCCAUCUCAACCCCAAGAGAAUCAGCACAUUUUCAGUGAGAAGUUGGUGAAUUCAGUGAUUUCUUCUGCUACCUCAGUUAUAAGUAGGAUUACCCCCUUUGAUUCUGAUGAGACUCCUCAUAUCUCUCUUAGUAAUCGCAGUGCUGGAAUGUCAUUACCCAAGCAGAAGUACAGAGCUAGUAUGAAUGAAAACAGUUUGCCACGCUACUCUGGAUUGUCUAUGGCAGAAGAUGGAAGCAAUGUAGGCCGGCCAGUAGUGGAUAACUCUACUUACAACACAGGCCCAAGCCCUGGAUUAAGGGUGAACACUUCAGAGGGUGUGGUGGUGUUGAGCUACUCUGGACAAAAGACUGAAGGACCUCAACGGAUCAGUGCCAAAAUUAGCCAGAUCCCACCAGCCAGUGCUGUUGACAUUGAAUUUCAGCAGUCAGUAUCUAAAUCCCAGAUAAAACAGGAGUCUGUCACUCCAUCACAACCCUCUACUCCAAAGGGAUCCCAGACACCCACAGGUUAUGGACACACAGGUGUGGUAUUAACUGGCCAGCCGUACAAUACUCAGCCUGUUAUCUCUAUUAACCAGGGAAGCCCUAUCUCUGAGAAGUCUGAAUCUUUAUACCACAGUGGUUCCCAAGGCGGUCCUGUGAAAAUGUUCCAGCAGUCAGUUAACAGUCCCCAAGUUCUAAUGUACAAUCAAGUAAUGAUGCAGCAACAUGCAAAGAAAGGGCCUGGAGCGGAAUCCAUAAACAUGAAAGUUGAGGCAAGUAAGCUUAUACAACCCUCCAACCUGAGUCCAGUCUUGAGCUCACACCAUUCCUCUUUGUCUGGUAACCCCAGAGUUUCGAGCCCAACGACACCUACUGACAGAUCAGGUCAACAUCUAAAGCAAGAGCCUCACUCUCCACGGACAUCUGGCCACUCACCUUCACCUUUCCCCAAAGUGUGUCCUCCCGGUAGCUCCAUCUCUCCAAUUGGUACCUCAGUUGUUUUAGGCACAGGCAGCCCCAUCUCUCAGUAUGUCUCCAGCAUGCACCACCCAGAGCAGUCUGUUAUAAUGCCUCCUCACAGUGUUUCCCAGUCAGUAUCAAUGAGCCAUCAUUCUCAGGGAGAUGUAAGAUGUACUCCUCCUCUCUCUGGAGUAAGCUAUGGGAUGCGUGCCGAGUCUCUGGCCUCUCCUCGGUCUGGGACUCAGCAGCGGACCACCACACCUCAGCCGGCAGGAAUCCGGGACAUGGUCUUGCAGUCGCAUGCCGGCGCUCCGGGAUCAGGAACAGGAAGUGGAGCUAAUGAGGAAGAAUUGAGACACUUUCAUCAGGGCCUGCGAAGACCUGCUCCCUCCCACCUUCAGCCAGAUGUCAUGGUGGUCCCAGGUGACUACAGGGGGUUGCAUCAUGGUGCACUACGUCUAGAUCAGUACAACAUGGCCCCCAGGGAUGUGCGACUCCUUAUGCACCAUCAGUUAGGGGAACACCCGUCAGUGGACUCCCGUAAGUCCCGCACUCCAGAGACCUCAAUGACCACCUCACACAUCUCUGCAACUUCUUCUAAAACUCCCCCUGGCAAAGCAGUACAACAAUUAGGAAAGGAAACAUCAAAGGCUCUAGAAGUCAAGAUGCCAGCAUCGCCCCAUACAGAGAGUAGAAUUAUUGGGCAUCCUCCUGUUUCUGUAAUGAUGCCACCCCAAGGUGUCCAACUUGUGCAUCCUGGCAGUGCCACUUCCAUGUCAGAGUACUCAGCAGUGUACCGGGAGAUGCGGGGCUUCCACCCCCAGUUUCCUGGUCACCCUUCAAUUGGCAUGAACUUGGCACAGCGUACCAUACCCCCUUCUCAGGAAGUAGAUCAUCCACACAGGAACAAGAUUUCCCCAGUGCAGCCCUCUGGAGCUAUUGCUGAACUGAAAAAUGAAAGCUUGCACCUUCGUCAUCCAGCCAUGGAGUUGUCACACGUGUCCAGGGUUCAGCGAGACACCCACUCUCCUUCCUUUGUGCCAUCUUCUGCAGUGGCCCAAAGGACAGAAAUGGCCCUGUCACUUCAUAAGGGGCCUCAAGCUGUCAUCUCUGGCCCUCUCCCACUAACUGCCUCAGGCCCCUCUCAGAUGCGACCAGAUUUGAAAUUUGAACACACAGAGCACCGUUCAGUCGACACGGUGAAGCUUUUAACAAAGUACCCAAUUGUGUGGCAAGGUCUGCUUGCUCUGAAAAAUGACACUGCUGCUGUCCAGCUGCACUUUGUCUCAGGAAAUAACAUCCUGGCACAGCGGUCUCUUCCACCAGUGGAGGUCGCUCCAAUUCUUCGCAUAGCACAGAGGAUGCGGCUGGAGGCAGCACAGCUUGAGGGAGUGGCACGAAGGAUGACUGUGGAAAGUGAUUACUGUCUUCUGUUGGCUUUACCUUGUGGGAGGGACCAGGAGGAUGUCCUUGCUCAGACUCAUGCUCUUAAAGGUGGAUUUAUUACUUACCUGCAAGCCAAGCAAGCUGCUGGCAUCAUCAAUGUCCCCAACCCCGGCUCUUACCAGCCAGCCUAUGUUGUCCAGAUUUUCCCACCCUGCGAAUUUUCUGAGACCCACUUGUCUCACCUCGCCCCAGAUCUUCUCAACAGUGUCUCCAACAUCUCUCCUCACCUCAUGAUUGUGAUUGCCUCUGUGUGAGAGAUGGACAUCUUCUCCAAACCCACUGGAUAUCAACACCAGCCUAUGGGACUCAGCCUUUUUUUCUUAUGUGUGUGGACAUGAAUAUGCCUCACUGCGGAACUUGAUUCAGUCUUUUUUGCAUCAUGCACUCAUUCUUCUUUUUGUUAUUUUUUUUCUUUUUCACCAGAUCCUUAAUUCAUCCUCUCACCUCAACUUUCACGUCUAUGCAUCUCUAAGGAGAAGGCAACAAUGGGCGUAACUGGAUUUACAAUGAUCAAUUAUCUGAUCAUUUAUUUUAUUUUUUUGUCAUUGAUUAACACACAGAGGAUUUUCUUUUCUUUUUAGAGCAUCAACAAAGGGGAUGAGUUUAAAAACUUUUGGGAGGGACUGUUUAACAGUUUUGUUUUUUCACUGAUGAUGAUUGUGAUUUUGUUUUAUUUUUUUUUAGAAGUUCUUAAAAAGAUUAAUCUGAUCAGUCAUUGCACUAUGUUGGAUAAAUCAAAUUGAGAAUCAAGUACUUUUACCUUUGUACAGAUUUGACAUGAUGCUUUUAAAAAAAACAUGCUCUUUUCACCAGCCUUCUCUGCACAAGAGACAAAACUGAGCUGGUGAGAUCUUUUUUUUUUCCUGGGAUUUCACCAUUUGAAGAAUACAUGAACAAACACACACUGACUGACUGGCACGUAAAUAUCAGCUCUCUACAGACUUCUCUGCAACUACUGUUGUGUCUUGCCACCUUAAUUCCGUUUUUUUUUUUUUUUUUUGUAUUAUUUUCCUCUCUAUGUACCAGGCCCUGGAACUCCACAGGGGAUUCUGGAGUUGUACAGUUUACACUUGAUGCCUCAAUGUGGGACUAUAAGAUAACUUUUGCUCAACUUUUUCUGUCUCUUGAAGACUGAAGGCGCAAAGGGGUGAAUGCGGUAAUGUGUAAAUAUUAUAAAUAUUUAAGGACUUACAAUGGACAAAAAACAACAAAAAGCUGGGAGACCAAGUGGAUUACAGCAUAUCAUUGACCACAGAUGAUAAAUUAUGUCAGGAAUGUCCUAAGGGGAAGCUGCUUCCCUUUUACUCUGUCUAGAAUAAAUUCUGUGCCAAAAUACCUUUUAAAAUAUUUCAAAAGAAUAUGAAAAUGGAACAAAAAAUGGAAUUACAAAAUCAAAUAUUAUUUUCAUACUUUUUGUAUUUGUCACAUUGUUGUAAUUAUUUGUUGACUCUGCCUCAUUUUUGAUUGUUAUUGUUUCCCUCUUGUUCAGUCCCACCUAAUUCUUCUCCUGGAAUCUAGUUCAUUUUCACUCAGACAUGAUGUGGUGGUGAUGUUGGUGAUGUUUGAGGCCACUCCCCUGAUUGUGUAAAUCGCAAUAUCUUCUUUCUUUGUUUACUUGUUUGUCUGCCUCCAUCUCUCUGACAACAUGUGUGUCUGACUAAGAAAUCUGGUUUAAUUAGCUAUGCUAUGCAGUCAGACAUGUCUGAAUGAAAUAUUAGCACAUGGGGGGGAAACAAAUUGAAUUCAAAAAGAAUUUUGGGAAUGUUCUCCCUCUUAUACUUGUCUGUCCACUGUCUCCCGAGCCAAGAUGUAAAUAGUCAUUAAUUUUAUCUCUGAACUUGUUUAUUUGCGCUCAGAUUGUCUCAUUUCAGGGUCCUCAUUUUUGUUUUGUAUGACAAAACAAAGCAGUCUGAAGAAGACAGAACUAGGUGAAAACCCAUGCAGAAAGUAGAACCAUGUUUCUCAGUUUUGUGGUGCGACUAUUUGUACGACUGCAGGCUGACUUUUUUCAUGGUUAUGUUGAAGGCACUUAUAAUUUUUGAUACAAAUUAAAAAAAAAAUACCAAAAGUAAGAAAAGAAUCAGAACUGUUAAUCUAAAAAAAUGUCUUUCAAUUUAUCUCUAUUUCAUCAGUUUGUACUUUUGCUGUUCCUCUAUGAGGACAUUUUAAAAUGUAAAAUAAAUUUUGUUCUUCGGAUCAUUAAAAUGGU